CGAAGCUUUGCUGUGCCUAGUGCUUCCCUCUGCUCCAGGAGGAUUUCGGGGUCGUGGUGCAGGGAGCAUCCAGCACGGAUGAGCCGGCACUCUUCUCUUAGGAAACGCCACCAACUCCUCACGGCACGGAGGCCCAGCAUGAAUGGGAACUGUGCUGGGGGCACAGACUGGUUGAGAAAUCAGGAGUCCAGUUGUCCUGUGGAAAACAGAACUGUAGCAGCCCAUGAGUCAGAAGAAAGUUCUGUGGUGUUAGGAGGUCACAGCCCUGCAGUUCCCAGGACUGAGGGUUUGGAUUCUGAAUGCCGACACAACACUUGCUCAGUAAAUCCCCAGAUCUGUAGCAUGCUGUCUGCUCCUGAAGAACCUCACAACUGCCAUAUCCCAGAUGGAAAUAAGAGACAGCUGGAAUAUUUUAAUACCCAGGAACGCCAUGGAUGCUGUGCAUUGUCUUCAAACAGCAGUUCCCAGACAGUAGCUCCAGAGAAAGUGACCCUGGUGGUGGAUGGCACCCGCUUUGCAGUGAAUCCUCAGAUCUUCACUGCUCACCCUGACACCAUGCUGGGAAGAAUGUUUGGGCCAGGCAGAGAAUACAAUUUCACCCGGCCAAACGAGAAGGGCGAGUACGAGAUCGCAGAAGGGAUCAGCUCAGCCGUGUUCCGCACCGUGCUGGAUUAUUACAAAACCGGAAUCAUUAACUGCCCUGAUGGGAUUUCUAUCCCAGACCUUCGAGACACAUGUGAUUACCUCUGCAUAAACUUUGAUUUCAACACAAUCAAAUGUCAAGAUUUAAGUGCUCUGUUACACGAGCUCUCCAACGAUGGGGCUCACAAGCAGUUUGACAGCUACCUGGAGGAGCUGAUCCUGCCCAUCAUGGUGGACAGCGCGCGGAAGGGCGAGCGGGAGUGUCACAUCGUCGUGCUGACCGACGAGGACACCGUGGACUGGGAUGAGGAUCAUCCACCUCCCAUGGGAGAGGAGUAUUCACAAAUCCUUUACAGUUCCAAGCUGUACAGAUUCUUCAAGUACAUUGAGAACCGGGACGUGGCAAAAGCUGUGUUGAAGGAACGGGGCCUGAAGAACAUUCGCAUUGGCAUCGAAGGGUACCCCACGUGCAAGGAGAAGGUGAAGAGGAGACCUGGUGGCCGCUCUGAGGUGAUCUACAACUACGUGCAGCGUCCCUUCAUCCAGAUGUCCUGGGAGAAGGAGGAGGGCAAGAGCCGCCACGUGGAUUUCCAGUGUGUUCGCAGCAAAUCCCUGACAAACCUGGUCACGGUGGGGGAUGAUGUCUCAGAGGACCACGAGGUUAUCAUGCAUCACCCCCCCCAAGUGGAUGAACUGGACAGGCUGAACGCCCCCUUCUCCCAAAUGGUUGUUAAUGAUCUACCGGAUUAGUGUGGCUCAGGGUGGAGAAUCCUGCUGGAGGUGGGAGAUUCUCACCACGGUUUCAUCCCAGGUGAUGGGACACAGACUCCUGCCAGGUGUUUUAUCCUCGUUCAUGCUCUUACUACGUUGUCAUAUUUCAAGCAUGUUAAUAAAGAGCCACACUCCAUAGUCUUAAUUGUGCAAUCAAAAGCAACGUCUGCUCAGACAAAAAGAAAUGACCUGUUGUUUCUACUACAAAGGCUUCCGGAUUGUGGGUGCUGAAUAUUUUAUCUAAACUUCUGAAAGAAGAGCACAAGUGUGGAAAUGUCUUGUGGGACAUGAGAGAGGAAAUUCUGGGCCUGUCAAGACAAAGCUUUCCUUUGCCAUUAGGCACAGCUUUGUUUUUGUGAGUUACAGAGGAGUGAACAUCAAAGCAGGACAGACGAUAUUCUAUAUCAACCAGCAGAAAUGUAGCACAGUGUGGCAGCAAAGCCUGAGCAUGGAGGAAUCUGUUUGCACUGCCACCUGGCUUUGGAUCCAGCGUGGUGUACUGCUGCCCUAGGAAGGAGGAACCAGUUCCAUAGGAAGCAUAUUCACAGGAGUUCCCCAUCUGUACUUCUCUGUGAGAUGGAAUCAUUGUUUUUAGGGAUGUUUUCUGUUAAGUUCAGUAAAAUGAGUAGAUCAUGCUGAAGGAAAAUCCAAAAAAGACUGUAGCUGAUAUUUUAUCAAUAAAAUAAAUCUGUUAAUAGCCACAUAGAUGUAAGAAGCUUUCUAGAGGUAACUGUGCAUACUGAAGACUUUGAGUUGUCUUCUCCAUCCCCCUGCUAAGACAAACAAAGCCAGUGGAGGAGCUCCCAGUUUACUACCUGAGUAAAAUCCUUGUUCUCAUCAACCUUAGUCAGAAUUGCUGUAGACUCUCCAAGGAGCUGCUGCAGUAGCUUUAAAAAGUCACCUACUUUCUUCCCAAUUUGGAACUGACUGGGCCAUUUUUCUGUCAGACACGUAAGAAAUACCAAUAGUAAACCAGCCCUAAGAAGAGAAAAAUGGACAUACGUGGGAACAACUCCUUUGCUGCUCUGAGUGCGUUAUCCUGAUCUAUGUCAGGCUCUGGGAAUUAAGAACAGGCACACUCCAGACUGGUUUAGCUCAGGUGGAUUGGAGUCCUGCUCCUGCAGCACUGAGUUCGCUGUGGGAGUUCCAUGGAGGAAUUCCCUGUAGGAGCUGGUUUAACCCCUAAUGAGCACACAGUGAGUUCUGCACUGCCCCAGCUCAGCUGAGGGUACCCAGAACUGAGCUGCCUCCCAAAGCCAUCCCUUCUGAGGCUAUGUAAAGGCUCUAUGUCCCCAAACCAGAGUUCUAAACAUGGUGCUGGUGCAAAGAAAAGCUGAAACCAUUCAAGAAGGAAAGGGACAGAGUUCCUCACAAAGCUGGGCAGGUCAGUGCUGCUCUGGCAAAGGUGUUGAAACCUGCAUUUCAUGGGUGUUACCUGGUCAGACUUGGCAAAAUUGAGAUGUAGGUAUCAGUCUGGCCCUAGAAAGUUUAAUCUUUUUUUUGCCAGGUUGCAACAUCAAGCAAAUUUGUAUUGUUCUCCUUCUGACUGCCAAGUGCAUGGUGAAUUGAGCAGUGAAGUUUGCUGCUGGUUGCUGCCAAGGUGUUUGUGGUUUUCAGUGCAAGUAACAUAACAAGAUCAAGCAGAAGUUUUUAGUUGCAAGUAACAAAUCUCCGCCAAGGCACAUUUUAGUUUCCAUUAGUACGGAUACAAGUUCCAUUCUCUCAGUUUCCAUUCUUAGCUUCUUUCCCAAAUGCAGCAAAUAGAUUUCUUCUAAAAAGAAGUGCCUACGGGAAGAUUUCAAGAGUCCUAGGUGUUCAGAUGCCUAAAUUUCUCUUGACUACUUUUGAAAACUCCUCCCUGUGUGUCAUUGGGUCAGUAGAGAGAAGCGUCCUUUGGUGCCUGCACAGAGCUGGGGUGAUGUGCACACACUCAUUAUUGCUCCAGAUGAAUUAUUUAUGUGGUAGAGAAAAGAAGACACAUGGACCAUGAACCUCCACCAGGGGCCAGACCAACCCCAGUCCUUGCCUUGGUAUGAGCUGUUCCUCAGGACAACAGAAGCACUGGUGAGCCCAGCAGUGGUGGAACUUGUCCCUGGGCCCUGAGUGCCCAGCAGUGAUGUCCCCCAGGCUCUGUGAUUGUUUUCCAGUGUGGAUUUAUUUCCCCAGCAGUAUCAGGUCUAAGUAAAUGAGUGUUGGUAUUGCCCAGCUGAGCUGGAAUUGGAGGUUCCACACGUUCUGCUCUAAGGACUGAAGUGUGGGUGUUGUUUCAAGACUGUGUCAAGGCAUCAGGUGCUGAGAAUUGCACCUCAGCAGCACCUUUUGGAAUCUGGCAGCUAAAGGACCAUAUCCAACCAAACCAAAUCCCACCCAGUGUGUCCCUGAGCCCAGGGGCAGCUCAGCCUCUGCAAGGAUUCAGGCAGUUCAUUGAACUGCACCAGGCCCUCUUGGGAGUUACAGACUGUCAGUGCCUGUAGGAAUUUUGAGGUUCCCUGUGCAAUCAACUGGACCUUCAGCAUGGGGUGCACAUUAUCCAGCUCCCAUAUUUCCAUGCAGAUUUUACCACUUACCCACUGUAGUUUAUUGGCUUUCCCAAGUAAUUAUUCAUUCUGGAUUUUAAAUUUCGUUAGUAGAGUGGGUUCCAUUGGAACACUGAACCAAAUUUUAAAAGUGUUUGCUUUUCCUCCUCGCACAGUCACCUACUUCAAGUACAAGGUCAACUUUUGUCUUACUCUGGAUGUACUGAAGUGCUCCUGUGCUGUGUAUGGA